AUUAUUUAACUGUGAACCUUACCACUCUUCGAGUAUGGUGUUAUGCUUGCAGCAAAGAAGUAUUUUUGGAUAGGAAAUUAGGAACUCAGCCUUCAUUGUCUCACAUAAGACCAGUUCACCAAACACAAGAAAACAAUGUCCAGAAUGCCUGUUUAGGGUGAGACUGAAGCCUAUCUCUCUGAAGAUGGAAAGCAACUGAUGUGUUUUAAAAACUUAAAAUAACCAAAAAUCUGGUUUAAAUAGUGUUAUCUUUUUCUAGCAAGUCUGAUUCUUGGAGAGGUGGUAGGCCUUCUUUGAUAGGGAAUAACAAAUACUAAUUCAGUUCCCUUUUCCUCGUUUACUUCCCCUUUUCAUCCCCAUUUGUAUUACUCUCAACAUUUACAAUUAAUUGAAAACCAGAUAGAAUAUAUUAAAGCUUAGCAUCAAUCUUUGGUUAUAAAAUAUGUAUAGGCUUGCAAAGAUUGACCACUUAAUUUUGAGAAUUUUCCAGUCAUAAAAAUACAGGAAAAGGGAAAUGGAAAAUUAAAAUAGUUGGCUUCUAACUUACUCUAGUCAUCAUUUGCUCUAUAUGGUUUAAUUAACACAUUAGUGAGUUUUUUCCACACAUGUGUUAUUGUCCUUGAUACCAACUCUCUUAGAUUUCUGUACUUGUCCUUGAUACCAACUCUCUUAGAUUUUUUUUGUUGUAUCUUUGUAUCACAUUCUGAUAGUAGACAUGUGUGAUAGUAAAUUUGCUUGCCUCACACUUAUAAAUUAAGAUGAUUAGGUUUUGGACAAGGUAUACUUGUUGCAUUUCUAGAUUCAUAGUUUUGAAUGGCUCUCAUUAAUAAGUCACCACUAUUACUAUUUCUCCCAUUGAUACCUAUUUAUCUCUCAGAAAUGUGGUUUUGCCUUCUCUGGAGUGUUCUGGUAGUUUGAGAAUAAGUUUUCUUGAACAAUCUUAGGUUUUUAACAAAAAUUUGAUAACUAAAAGUUUAAUCACGUAAGGAACUGCUAACAGUUUUUACAAGUGCAGUACUCAAAAGGUGCCUAAAAGAAUAAGCGCAGAUAGUUCACAAAGAAGUACAAAUAAACACAUUGAGAAAAUGAUCAUCACUGACUAAAGAAAAGAUUUUAAAAUACCCAGUAACACGACAUUAAAAACUCCUCUGGUUGCUGUGUUUGAUGAUCUGGACAUAGAAGUGGAAGAAGAAGAUGAACUUAAGGCAAGAGGUCUUACAGGUUUGAAAAAUAUUGGCAAUACUUGUUAUAUGAAUGCAGCUUUGCAGGCUCUUUCUAAUUGCCCACCUUUGACACAGUUUUUUCUUGAUUGUGGAGGACUAGUUCGAACAGAUAAGAAACCAGCCAUUUGUAAAAGUUAUCUCAAACUGAUGACGGAACUGUGGCAUAAAAGCAGGCCAGGUUCUGUUGUGCCUACUAAUCUGUUUCAAGGAAUUAAAACUGUAAAUCCAACUUUUCGGGGGUAUUCUCAGCAGGAUGCUCAAGAAUUCCUUCGAUGUUUAAUGGAUCUGCUUCAUGAAGAGCUGAAAGAACAGGUCAUGGAAGUAGAAGAAGAUCCUCAAACGAUAAUGACUGAGGAGACCAUGGACGAAGACAAGAGCCAGUCAGAUGUAGAUUUUCAGUCUUGUGAAUCUUGUAGCGGCAGUGAUAAAGCUGAAAAUGAUAAUGGCUCUAGAGGCUUUUCUGAAGAUAAUAAUGAGACAACAAUGUUAAUUCAGGAUGAUGAGAAUAAUUCAGAAAUGUCAAAAGAUUGGCAAAAAGAGAAGAUGUGUAAUAAGAUUAAUAAAGUAAAUUCUGAAGGAGAAUUAGAUAAAGAUAAAGACUCUGUGUCUGAAACAGACGAUUUGAACAACCAGGAAACGGUUAAAGUGCAAAUACAUGGCAGAGCUUCAGAAUAUAUUACCGAUGUCCAUUUGAAUGACCUGUCUACACCACAGAUCCUUCCAUCAAAUGAAGGUGUUAAUCCACGUUUAUCAGCAAGCCCUCCAAAAUCAGGCAGUUUGUGGCCAGGAUUGGCAUCCACACAAAAAAGAGUCCUAGCUCAAUCUGCAUCAUCCCCAAAGAGAAAAAAACAGCACAAGAAAUACCGAAGUGUUAUUUCAGACGUUUUUGAUGGAACAAUCAUUAGUUCAGUGCAGUGUCUCACUUGUGACAGGGUGUCUGUAACCCUGGAGACCUUCCAAGAUCUCUCCUUGCCAAUUCCUGGCAAGGAAGACCUUGCUAAGCUGCAUUCAUCGAGUCAUCCAACUUCCAUAGUCAAAGCAGGAUCAUGCGGUGAAGCGUAUGCUCCACAAGGGUGGAUAGCUUUUUUCAUGGAAUAUGUGAAGAGGUUUGUUGUCUCAUGUGUCCCUAGCUGGUUUUGGGGUCCAAUAGUAACCUUGCAAGAUUGUCUUGCUGCCUUCUUCGCUAGAGAUGAAUUAAAAGGUGACAAUAUGUACAGUUGUGAAAAAUGCAAAAAGUUGAGGAAUGGAGUAAAGUUUUGUAAAGUACAAAAGUUUCCUGAGAUUUUAUGCAUCCAUCUCAAAAGAUUCAGGCAUGAACUGAUGUUUUCCACCAAAAUCAGUACCCAUGUUUCAUUUCCACUGGAAGGCCUGGAUCUUCAGCCAUUUCUUGCUAAAGAUAGUCCAGCUCAAAUUGUUACCUAUGAUCUUCUGUCAGUCAUUUGUCAUCAUGGAACUGCAAGUAGUGGACACUAUAUUGCCUACUGCCGAAACAAUUUAAAUAAUCUCUGGUAUGAAUUUGACGAUCAGAGUGUCACUGAAGUUUCAGAAUCUACUGUACAAAAUGCAGAAGCUUAUGUUCUUUUUUAUAGGAAGAGCAGUGAAGAGGCACAAAAAGAGAGACGAAGGAUAUCAAAUUUGUUGAACAUAAUGGAACCAAGUCUCCUUCAGUUUUAUAUUUCUCGACAGUGGCUAAAUAAAUUUAAGACCUUUACUGAACCUGGCCCUAUUUCAAAUAAUGAUUUUCUCUGUAUUCAUGGAGGUAUUCCUCCACGAAAAGCUAGUUAUAUUGAAGACCUGGUUUUGAUGCUGCCUCAGAACAUUUGGGAUAACCUAUAUAGCAGGUAUGGAGGAGGACCAGCUGUCAACCAUCUGUACAUUUGUCACACUUGCCAAAUUGAGGCAGAGAAAAUUGAAAAAAGAAGAAAAACUGAAUUGGAAAUUUUUAUUCGGCUCAACAGAGCAUUCCAAGAGGAGGACUCUCCAGCUACUUUUUAUUGCAUCAGUAUGCAGUGGUUUAGAGAAUGGGAAAGUUUUGUGAAGGGUAAAGAUGGAGAUCCUCCAGGUCCUAUUGAUAACACUAAAAUUGCAGUCACUAAAUGUGGCAGUGUGAUGCUCAGGCAAGGAGCAGAUUCUGGUCAAAUUUCUGAAGAAACAUGGAAUUUUCUACAGUCUAUAUAUGGUGGAGGUCCUGAAGUUAUCCUACGACCUCCAGUUGUUCAUGUUGAUCCGGAUAUAAUACAAGCAGAAGAAAAAAUUGAAGUAGAAACUCGGUCUUUGUAAUUUUGAGGAUAUAGAGUGUUCUAAUGAGAAAUCAUUUUCACUUCCCCUGUCAUAUACAUGCAGAAACAUUCCUAAAAGCAUGUUUAUUUUCUUGAUUUUUAAUAUAUUAUCUCUUAGUCAUUUUUACUGGGCAUUAUGGAAAAAGUUGUUAAAAUGUUUAAUAUACUACAGGUUGGUAUGUUAAAUGCUUUAACUUACCAUAGUCUUUCAGUGUAAUAUUUUUGAAAAGAGAGGAAUAAUUAUGAUCAUUUGGUAAUCAGUAGAUUAUCUUUGAUCUUUAUACUACAUGCAGAUCCACAGUAUCCUUUAUAGUUUUGUAAAUAAUUUUGCUUUGAAAACUUUUUCAUUACCCUAAACCAUUAUAACUCUGACCAAUCUUUUCAGUUUUCCAAAAAUCUUAAUUUAAUUGUGUAAUUUUGACAUGGCUUCGUAUAAUAUAGAGCCUAUUUUAAAUUGAGAGUUGUAGUCAGAAAAAAGUUAAUUUCCUAAAGCUCAGGAAACGUUAGGGUGUCACUUCUUUUGCACUGCAGCACAUAAACUAGCAUAUUAAUAUUAAAAAUGUCUUUUUGAAUGUAUCAAGGAUUUAUUUAGUUUGAGUGGAAUUUGUCAGGAGAUAUCAGUAACUUAUUGCCUCUUAUACUGUAAAAUAUUAAAGUUCAAUUCCUUUCUAUAACCCUCGAUAGAAUUCAUUAUUAUCAGUAAAAAGCUUAGUUUUUAGGGCACUUUAUUUUGAGAGCAUGAGUAUGGAAUGUGUCAGUUUAUAAAGCUGAAGCCACUUGCAAAAUGAUUUUUUAAAUGAAAUGCAUAAAGUCAUUGAUUAAUACAGUAUGCACUGCUAUUUGCUUGAUUAUGUGAUGUCAAAGGUUUAACUAUAUUCCAACUGCAGAAACAAACUGGAUUACUUUAAUAUGGUGAAUAGCAUUCAUGAUGGCUUUGUUUUGGUUGGGGGCAUCUGCCACAAACUAAAACUGUGCUGUUUAAAUUAGUUCAAUAAAAAUGAUUUUAAAAUGGA